GAGUUGCAUUCGAGAUGUUUCUGCUGCUGCUGCUCGUCUUCGUGCCUCUAGUUCUGGUUCUGGUGCAGCACGAAUACUGGACUCCAGUACCUGCUGGCAUCAAGCAGCCUUGGAAGCUGAGGACGCUGCAACUUUCCUACUUUGUCGUCAGCACAGGGGCCUUCCUGUUGGAGCGUGUGGGCGUGGGCCACCACAUCCCGUUGAUUCGAUGGUAUUUCAAUGGCGUGGAGCGCGUCAUGAAGAACUUGACGUCCGAGCAGGACAAGAAGGUCUUGAGGGUCAGCGACGUGACGUUCGACGGCGUCCCCGUGCGAGUUUACGAGCCCUGUGGCGGUGAGGGGCGUGGUCUGAAGAGAGGCCUGCUGUUCUUGCACGGUGGAGGCUGGACUUUCGGCAGCGCCAAGGAAGGUUCCUGCGACGCAAACAACAGAAUGACCGCCAAGCAGCUCCACGCCGUUUUGGUCUCCGUGGAGUAUGGUCUUUACCCGGAGGCACAAUUCCCCACGCAGUAUCUGGACUGCCUCGCCGCCGCCAAGCACUUCCUGUCGCCGGAGGUGCUCGCCAAGUACGGCGUGGACCCGUGUCGUGUGGGCGUGUCCGGGGACAGCGCGGGCGGCAACCUGGCGGCAGCGGUUGCUCAAGAGAUCUCCGGCGAUGACAACACGGGCGUGAAAUUCAGCGCGCAGGCGUUGAUCUACCCGGCGCUCCAAGCCGUGGACUUCAACACGCCGUCUUAUCGGCAGAACCGAGACGUGCUGAUGCUCUCCAGGUCGCUCAUGGUGGACUUCUGGCUGCAGUACCUCGGCCAGGACCGCUCCUUCAAGGACCACUUCCUGUCCAACCGCCACCAGGCGGCCGUGUUGCCGCAGCUCAGGGCGCUGGUCGACUGGACCGCCCUCCUGCCGCCCAGGUACACGGACGGCCACGAGCUACUUUCGCCGCACGGCCAAACACCGAGCGAGAGGUUGGGGGCGUCGGGUCUGCAGGAUGUGCGUGCGGCGCCCCUGCUGGCGAGCUCGGAGGCGCUGGCCAGGUGCCCUCGGGCGUACGUGGUGACGUGCGAGUACGACGUGCUGAGAGACGACGGGCUCAUGUACGCACGCCGCUUGAGGGACGCGGGCGUGGCGGUGACGGCCGACCAUUACGAGGACGGCUUUCACGGGUGCUUCACCCUCACCUUGGUUCCUUUCCGCUUUGACUUGGGAGUGAAGACGUUCAGACGUUACAUUCAAUGGCUCCAUGACAACUUGUAA